UUUUGAAAUGUAUUUUAGUAUUAAUUAAUCCUUUUAACCUGAUAAACAUUAUUAACGCCUUAUUAAAAGUCUCAUUUAUCCAUUAUUUUUAACGAACUGUUUACGUCGCUUAAUCUGCUUGUUUAAUAGAGAUUAAAGGAACGGCUUUUAAUCCCGAAAAUAAAAUUUUUCUUCUUUGAAAAUCCGUCUAAAACCACUGCUGGAAUCGACAUCACUCGUCUAUUUCUUACUAAUCUGCCAGAUUAAUAAGAAGUAGGCGAGUAUUACUAAUGCAAUAGUAUAUAAAGAAAGAUUCCUACUAAAUAUAGCACUCUUUGGAGAAAAACGCUGCGAUAGAAAUGAAGCUAGAAGUUUUUCCCAUAGUUGUUCUUUCUUUUUACCUGUUCGUGUUUCUGGCGAACGCUUCAAUUUCGUCAUCUUUGCAACAAAGAACGUUCUAUCGCAGAAGAAUACAAGUCUGUGGUUCCCAGUUAGCUGAUGUACUCAGAUUAAUUUGCAACGGAACUUAUUAUAAUCCUCAUAGCAGACGAUUUAUCUCUACCUAUCAUGAUUUAUCAAAUCCUUAUUGGAAUCUCGUGUCCAGAUCAUACCGAUAUCCACUUCAGAAUGUUCCAGCUGUUUUUUCUGAUCGAAAGAAGAGAGGAGUGGUAGACGAAUGUUGCCGCAAUAGUUGUACUUUUCAGCAGAUAAGUGCUUAUUGUGGCCAAUCCGAAUCCGAAGAACAGGAAGAAGAACGUAACUUAUGGAUGAAAUAAUUUUUAACGAUUGUUGAUAAUGAAUUGUAAAUUUUACAAUGAAAUUUUAAGGCACUAGAAAUGAAUGUAAUGAUGUCAAGUGAAAAAAAAAAUCUAUUUUUAAAAGUAGAAGUGUUCGUGAUUCAAAAUAAUUUAUAGUUUUAUUACGGUUUUACAAAGUGAUUACGUUUCCAUUUAGAGUUUGAUUUAAAAUUCUAUAAUUAAAUAAUGGCAACUAGGAUUAGUCUAUAUCUAAAUUACUUCUUCAGUAGGCCUGAUAGUGGUAUUGGUAAUUGAUUUACUGUAACUAUACAUGUUAUUAAAUAAAAUUUAAGUAGAAAUACCAAUAAACGUUAUUGUCUACUUUUCAGGGGGGCGACAUUAAAAAAGUAAUUAUUUUGACAAAGAAGCAAAAUUGAAAAAACGUUUGUUUAGUUAACUGACUAAUUAAAAGUUCUAAAAUUAUAACAGAAGUACUUGAUCAUGUAAUCGGUUUCCUCAAAUAUAUUAUAUACAUACAAUAUCUGUACUGCAGCUAGCACACAAUUUCAUUAAUUACACGAAAGUUUUAGAGUUAUCUUGGAG